AUGAAAGCUGCCUUCUUACUUCUGCUUUUUAGCAUCAUCCUGAAGCUCGGAAAACUUGUUAAGGGAGCCAAAACCUUCUCCGAGAAUGGGCUAGACACAGAUUCAUUCUUUGGGGAUCGGGUCACCCCUACGUGUGGGGAGUUGCCCGUUGACCAGCAUUCGGUAUCGGUCUUCGGCGCCGUCUUUGAUGGCUUGCUCGGGGCGUCGGACGAUCAUGGAACUAGCGCAGGGUGCAUGAAGAAGGACAGCUGCAACGAGACAAAAGAUAAAAAGGGUUGUCUUGAUAAAAGGGGCCUGUUAAGUAAGAUAGGGAAGGGGGUAGAGGGGAAGAAAGGCGGUGGGAAGCAAGAUAAUGGGGAAAAGAAUGAUGGAAAGGGGAAUGAACAUACUUCAAAGGACAGUCCCAAGCCAACAAAAGAGGAACCCAAGCAGACGACCACCCGGCCUACUAAAGAUGCAUCCAAGUCAACGGCUACAACGACCUCCAAGCCGACGACCACUCGGCCAACUAAAGAUGCCUCCAAGUCAACAGCUACAACAUCCUCCAAACCGACAGCCACGGCUACCACUAGUUCUACUAAAGAUGUCACCAAGUCAACAUCCACAGCACUAUCCGGGUCGUCGUCAACCAAGAAUCCGGAGCCAUCAUCCACUUCUAGUUGCGAGGAAGACGAUGGAAGAAAUGGAGGACAAGGUUGUUUGGACGAUUGCCCCAAUAUUGAAGUUUGGGAGCCAGGGACUUUUGAGGAUGAUGACCGAGAAGAGCUGGCCAUCCGAGGGACCGGCUUUUUCGGCUUGGAAAUGCAGAGUUUGGAGAAGAGAGCAAGUGGCGGGAAGGGUAUCAAGAUAUGCGGUCUUCAAGUCUCCACCGAUGCUUAUCCACCUGGAAGCAAGCUAACAGAGACCCCUGGUGUUGCGAAGAAUAUCAUUUUUGCCCUAUCAAAUCCGAAUUCAUGUGGAGAUUUCGACUUAGGAAAACGCUCAAAUGAAAGGUAUGAUACUACUUACUCCCCUGAGGGCAAUAAUAUAGUGAGUAAGAACCAGUUGCUUGAAACUGAGCAUGUACUGGAGGGCCAGGUUAUUGAUAUCUUUUUCCAAAAUAUGUCAAUGACACUGCCCGAACAAUAUGAUGACCCAUAUCAGAAGUCAACCAAAGACAAGGUGGACCUCUGCAAAUACAUCGCCCCCUAUUGGAGUACUAAAAACAAAAAUCCGCUACCAACUGUGAAGGGGGUAACUAAGAAUGGCCCUCAGUUGAUUGCUAACCAAUACCCAACAAAAUCAAAGUGGCAAGAGGAAUUCUUUCUAUUACCCAAGGGUGUUAAUGGGUUAAAAGGAAUUGUAUGGGGCAACAGAACUAUUCUAAAAAAUGGUUUAAAAGCUGAUCUGGAUAAGGAUUUCCUAACAGGAGAACUUCAAAAAUCCAAACAUGUGAGAGCAAUUAUGAAGUUUAAGGAUGUGAUGUCUAUGUAUAAAUACCACAACGACUCCGCCGUGGUGGAUGUCCUUAAGUUGCAGGCGGGACGCAUAUCAAAUACGCUUGGGGAUCUUGAAAAGAGCCUGGAAGGCCUGGAUUUUAAAGGUCACAACACCAAGAAAAAAAUUUGGCGGGAUUACAAACCCAAGGACCUGCAGAAGAAAUGGGACGAAUGGAUCAAAAAACACACGGACGACACCAUCGCCAGGACUAAUAAGUUUUUUGCCGCCAACUAUGAUGAUAUGGUAGCGGCAAGGAAGGAGCUGGAAAAGGUGGACAAGUCGAAGAUGAGCAAAGAUCACAGGAAGCGAUACAAGAAGGUUAUUCAGUAUCAUAAAAGCGCAGAAAAAGCGUACAGGUAUCUGAAGAAAGUGGAAUGGAGAAAUCCUUUCUAA